GCCCCGGGGGGGCGAGCGCGAAGGCGGGGGCUCGGGCCCGCCGCGCCCCCAUGCCGCGGUGAGCACUCGCGCUCGGCGCACUUGUCGCCGCUCCGCGCCAGCCCCAGCGAGCCGGCUCUCCCCGCCCCGCCAGCCCGGGCCCUACCUGCGGCCGCCGUCGGGGGAGGGGGGUCCCCCCAGCUCUGCGGAGCCGCAUGAACAAUAGGCGGCGGCGGUUCCUGCGGGCGGCGGCAGCCCCGCACCCUAUGGAUCGGCCGCUCCAUGGAGCCCUCCAGAGCGCUUCUCGGCUGCCUGGCGAGCGCCGCCGCUGCCGCCCCGCCGGGGGAGGAUGGAGCGGGGGCCGCGGCCGAGGAGGAGGAGGAAGAGGAGGAGGAGGCGGCGGCGGCCCCCGGGGAGCUGGGUUCCGAAGCACCGCUGCCCUACUGGACGGCGGUGUUCGAGUACGAGGCUGCAGGCGAGGACGAGCUGACCCUGCGGCUGGGCGACGUGGUGGAGGUGCUGUCCAAGGACUCGCAGGUGUCCGGCGACGAGGGCUGGUGGACCGGGCAGCUGAACCAGCGGGUGGGCAUCUUCCCCAGCAACUACGUGACCCCGCGCAGCGCCUUCUCCAGUCGUUGCCAGCACGGCGGCGAGGACCCCAGUUGCUACCCGCCCAUUCAGUUGUUAGAGAUUGAUUUUGCGGAGCUAACCCUGGAAGAGAUUAUUGGCAUCGGGGGCUUUGGGAAGGUCUAUCGUGCUUUCUGGAUAGGGGAUGAGGUUGCCGUGAAAGCAGCUCGCCAUGACCCCGAUGAGGACAUCAGCCAAACCAUAGAGAAUGUUCGCCAGGAGGCCAAGCUCUUUGCCAUGCUGAAGCACCCCAACAUCAUUGCCCUUAGGGGUGUGUGUCUGAAGGAACCCAACCUCUGCUUGGUCAUGGAGUUUGCACGCGGAGGGCCUUUGAAUAGAGUGUUAUCUGGGAAAAGGAUUCCCCCGGACAUCCUGGUGAACUGGGCUGUGCAGAUUGCCAGAGGGAUGAACUACUUACAUGAUGAGGCAAUUGUCCCCAUCAUCCACCGUGACCUUAAGUCCAGUAACAUACUGAUCCUCCAGAAGGUGGAGAAUGGAGACCUGAGCAACAAGAUUCUGAAGAUCACUGAUUUUGGCCUGGCUCGAGAAUGGCACCGAACCACAAAGAUGAGCGCAGCAGGGACAUAUGCUUGGAUGGCACCCGAAGUCAUCCGUGCCUCCAUGUUUUCCAAAGGCAGUGAUGUGUGGAGCUACGGGGUGCUGCUUUGGGAGCUCCUGACUGGCGAGGUGCCCUUCCGAGGAAUCGAUGGCUUAGCCGUAGCCUAUGGAGUGGCCAUGAACAAGCUCGCUCUUCCCAUUCCUUCUACGUGCCCAGAACCUUUUGCCAAACUCAUGGAAGACUGCUGGAAUCCCGACCCUCACUCACGACCAUCUUUCACAAAUAUCCUGGACCAGCUAACUACCAUAGAGGAGUCUGGUUUCUUUGAAAUGCCCAAGGACUCCUUCCACUGCCUGCAGGAUGACUGGAAACAUGAGAUUCAGGAGAUGUUUGACCAACUCAGGGCCAAAGAAAAGGAGCUCCGCACCUGGGAGGAGGAGCUGACGCGGGCCGCGCUCCAGCAGAAGACGCAGGAGGAGCUGCUGCGGCGCCGCGAGCAGGAGCUGGCCGAGCGGGAGAUCGACAUCCUAGAGCGGGAGCUCAACAUCAUCAUCCACCAGCUGUGCCAGGAGAAGCCCCGGGUGAAGAAACGCAAGGGCAAGUUCAGGAAGAGCCGGCUGAAGCUCAAGGAUGGGAACCGCAUCAGCCUUCCUUCCGAUUUCCAGCACAAGUUCACGGUUCAGGCCUCCCCCACCAUGGAUAAAAGGAAGAGUCUCACCAACAGCCGCUCCAGUCCUCCUGCGAGCCCCACCAUCAUUCCUCGCCUUCGAGCCAUCCAGUUGACACCAGGUGAAAGCAGCAAAACCUGGGGCCGGAACUCAGUCGUCCCCAAAGAAGAAGGGGAGGAGGAGGAGAAGAGGGCCCCCAAGAAGAAAGGACGGACGUGGGGGCCAAGUACACUUGGUCAGAAGGAGCUUGCCUCGGGAGACGAAGGAUCCCCUCAGAGACGUGAGAAAGCUAAUGGUUUAAGUACCCCAUCAGAGUCUCCACAUUUCCACCUGGGCCUCAAGUCCCUGGUAGAUGGAUAUAAACAGUGGUCGUCCAGUGCCCCCAACCUGGGGAAGGGCCCGAGGAGUAGCCCAGCCCUGCCAGGGUUCACCAGCCUUAUGGAGAUGGAGGAUGAGGACAGCGAAGGUCCCAGGAGUGGAGAGAGUCGUCUACAGCAUUCACCCAACCAGUCCUACCUCUGUAUCCCGUUCCCUCGCGGAGAGGAUGGGGAGGGCCCCUCCAGUGAUGGAGUCCACGAGGAGCCCACCCCAGUCAAUUCAGCCAACAGUACCCCUCAGCUGACGCCAACUAACAGCCUCAAGCGGGGUGGCACCCACCACCGCCGUUGUGAGGUGGCUCUGCUUGGCUGUGGGGCUGUUCUCGCGGCCACAGGCCUGGGCUUUGACCUGCUUGAAGCUGGCAAGUGCCAGCUGCUUCCCCCAGAGGAGCCUGAGCCACCAGCCCGGGAGGAGAAGAAGAGGCGUGAGGGUCUUUUCCAGAGGGCCAGCCGUCCUCGUCGGAGCACCAGCCCCCCAUCCCGGAAGCUCUUCAAGAAGGAGGAGCCCAUGCUGUUGCUAGGAGACCCCUCUGCCUCCCUCACGCUGCUUUCUCUCUCCUCCAUCUCGGAGUGCAACUCCACCCGCUCCCUGCUGCGUUCCGACAGUGACGAGAUCGUGGUGUACGAGAUGCCCAUCAGUCCGGUUGAAGCCCCACCCCUGACCCCUUGCACCCACAACCCCCUGGUCAAUGUCCGAGUGGAACGCUUCAAGCGAGACCCUAACCAAUCCCUGACUCCUACCCAUGUCACCCUUACGGCCCCCACGCAGCCCAGUGGUCACCGGCGGACUCCUUCUGAUGGGGCCCUCAAGCCAGCGGCUCUCCUAGCCAGCAGGAGCCCCUCCAGCAAUGGGUUGAGCCCCAGCCCAGGAACAGGAAUGUUGAAAACCCCCAGCCCCAGCCGAGACCCAGGUGAAUUCCCCCGUCUCCCUGACCCCAAUGUGGUCUUUCCCCCGACCCCAAGGCGCUGGAACACACAGCAGGAUUCUACCCUGGAGAGACCCAAGACCCUGGAGUUUCUGCCUCGGCCACGUCCUUCUGCCAACCGGCAACGGCUGGACCCUUGGUGGUUUGUGUCCCCCAGCCAUGCCCGUAGCGCCUCCCCAGCCAACAGCUCCAGCACGGAGACACCUAGCAACCUGGACUCCUGCUUCGCUAGCAGCAGCAGCACUGUGGAUGAGCGGCCCGGACUCCCGGCCCUGCUCCCGUUCCAAGCAGGGCCGCUGCCCCCUGCUGAGCGGACGCUUCUGGACCUGGACGCAGAGGGCCAGAGUCAGGACAGCACCGUGCCGCUGUGCAGAGCCGAACUGAACACACACAGGCCCGCCCCUUAUGAGAUUCAGCAAGAGUUCUGGUCUUAACACGAAAAGGGUUGGGGGCGGGCAAGGGGGAAGCAGGAGGAGAUGGGGGGAGCUGGCUGGCACAGCCCUUUCUCGGAGUUGGACCCCCUGAAAUCCAGCCCUACUUCUUGCACUGAUAAUGCACUUUGAAGGUGGAAGGGAUGGAAGCAGGGCCACUUCAGAGGGUCCCCUGCCCUGUAGGGCCUUUCUACCCAUGUCCACUGGAAGGGGCUGCGGCCAUCAGCUCUGGCUGUGUAGGGGAGGGAGGGGUGCGUGCAUGUCCCCCACCCUCCACAGUCUUCCUCGCCUUUACGGUGACUCUGCGGGGUCACUCAGCCAAAUCUGUCUGCUGCCCCCUCUCCUCAGCCCCCUGGGUAAGUCUGGAGCCUGUCCCGGAGUCCUUUUGUUAGCCCUGAGUUCAGCCUUCCCAAACACCAGUAUUGGAUGAUCUGUGAUUGAUUUUGCUCCUCUUCCACAUUCUUCCCCAGCACCCAUGAAUCAGAGUCUCAUCUGGUGUGAGAUACACGCUUUUCUGUGCCCUAAGCCCUUACGUGCCCGCUGGAGGACUGAAGGCAAAGUGCCCCAGUGUGGGACGUAGGAGUUGAGGGACCUGGUACUUACCCGCCUGCCCUUCCAGGUGCCCCGCUUAUUUAUUUGAGCCCCACAGGGGUAAGGGGACCUGGGGGGAGGAGAGGGAAUUAGGAAAAACAGAGUCGAGUGGCAGCAAAGAAGGUAACAGAGUCUGCCCUUGUUCCUUUCGGAAACACACAAAUAAAGGCAGAAACCAGCA